AUGCCGUCAAGACUUAUGUGGGAAGCUUACUUGAUAUCGCUCAACCUCUUAUUCCUCACCGUCAAAGCUCCCAUCCUCUCGAUACCGCUGAUGCUCGCUCGAGCCUACGUCAUGGAGAUGUUUGCAAAGUUGAGAGCUUGGGCGUGCCAGGAAAGUGAAGUGUUGACCAAAGACAUUGAUAAAGAAGGCUGGCUUAGUGAACAGGCAAAGGCAUCAUGCCAUACACAGACCCAUCAAUCAAGCUAUAAGCACUCGAGCUUAGUUAUUGGUCAAGAAGAAUUAAUAACAGUCUCUUGUCUUGAAUUGGUGACAUCUGUUGCAGCAUGUUUACCUGGAAAUAGAUGGUUUGACUCAUACCACUUGAGGAGCUUUUCCUAUGAUCACACGGAUAAGACCUAG